AGCAAAUUUGGAGCAAGGUGCUCCGACAACGUUUGUUGGGAAACAGCAGUGCACGUGUGAACAAGGCUAAUUUUGGUAGUCUACUGCAUACGGCACUACAAAAUUUUACAAAUUCUAAGGAGUGUCUCAAAAAAGCUUUCCAACUUUGUGGUCUCUUUCCGUGGAAUGUUGAUGCCAUCGACUUUAGUACCCUGCCAGCAAACGCCGAUGAUUCACAACGCAGCACUGAUACAUCUGUUACUGAGGAACCUGUAAUUGAUUAUGUACGACAACUUGAAUACGUUGAAAUGGGCCUAAAUCAAACUCAGCUCCAGAUAUUUGCUGAAAAUCGUGACAAGGAUUUCUGGUACGGCCCAUAUGAGGAACUGGCUUUAUUCAACUUCUGGAAAAGCAUUAAAGAUAAAUCCGAAGGACUUAUGUUCACAAGACGUUUGGAGCAAUACACUUUAAUUACCUGUAACUUCACUUCAGCUGAUCCGACAGAACCUGUACUGUCGUUUUCCGGUGAUGCAAUUGUAAUUAACGACGAAGUCAAUACAGAAAAUGUACCUCCUAACUGUGAUUCAGUGCAACUUCCUUUGAAUGGCCAUACUACAAAUACAGCAAACGAGGACGAUCCGUUUGUUGAUGUGCUAAUUUGGCCAAAAGUCAACGAUGCUGCAGGAAAAGGCCCGAGGAAGAAGGUGGAGCACAUCCCCUCUGUGGCUACAAGUAGCAAAUGGCUAGAGUGGCACAACAAAAAGGAAAAUGAUAAGAAAGAGAAAGAAAAUGCGAAACUUGCCCGAAUGGAAAAACGUCGUCUACUAAAGGAGCAAAAACUACUCAUGCAAAAGGAAAAGAAUAAGAAAAAGAGCAAUCGCAAAACUGAUUCUCAAGUUACGCUUCGGAAUUGAUUGUUUGUUAAUAACUUCUUUUUUUCAUUUCAAACAAUUUUAUUGAUAAUUUCAAAGAUCAUUUAGGUUGAUUCAUAAUAUGUGCCUACUUGAUUCAUAACUGUGACGAUAUAUCGAGCUGAUCCAUAAUUGUGGGUUGGUCAAAGAGAGAAUACUUGAAUAAAAAUGAGAUUCACCUUCAUUAUUUGGUGAAAACAAUACAUUUUCUUGAAAAUCAAUAUUGUUUUAUUAUUGUUUCGCCCACAAAACCUGUGAUGACGUGACAAUUUAUUAUUUCAUGAGUUGAUUGGUUGUGCAGUAUACCUUAGCCUAUUCAUAUCUGUGGGAUGACUGUACCGAGCAAGUCAUACGUUUUUCAUUUUAAGUCUUUAAGGGAUUUUUGAUAUAUUUUUUGUUAUUUUAACAACUAACCAGCCAAAUUUAAACACAUUUUGUUACAAUAUUUUUCUGAAAUAACUAACUCCCCUUGUUAUGGAAUGUAAAACUUCCGGAAACGGUGGACGUCUCAUCUUAUCAGUUGUGUUAUAGAAAAUUUUAAUUUUCAGAACAGAUUCUGAACAUAAAAAUGUGCAAUGGUAUUACACUUUCAAUUUACUGAAGCCGAGUUAAGUACGAGACAGCGAAAACGACCUAACGGUUGAGGUCAAAAUACGUAUCUGUAAAUUACAUUACAAAGCUCUGAAUUAUUUUCCAUGUGUCUACUAUUGUUAUAAAAAAACCAUCCCUUGAAUUAGGUAUUUUUGAAAUAAAAGAUAACAUCCACUUAGAUUUUGCUACACUACUCUUCGAUUUUUCACACAAUAUUGCUUGUAUUCGGACCAAAAAUAUUUCCUGUAUAUUUUUGUGAUACAUUUGUUUUGGAUGUGCACCACCUAAAUUGAAAAGCAAUUCGGGCCGCAAAACCUAAUCUUGUCUCCUGCUCUGUCUAUAGGGCGCCUAUUGAUUCUAUCUAUUGGGGACAUAACUGUAUCAAAACUUUUUGACAAGCAUAAAAAACAAUCUAUUGUUUGAAUUGCGGCUGAAUAAUAGCACCCGAAAUCGAGAUUUGUUUUACCUUCCUACUUAAAUACCGAGGUAAAGAAAAAGGAAAAAUAAUGAGAAAACUGA